UCGAUCCAGACGACCGACGGUUCAACAUCCUUAAGAUGGAAGGUUACAACUCGAACGAAAUAUAACUCACGUCAGAGAUCGUCGCCAUCCGCCUCGAAGCCUCUCCCCAAGUCCUCGAAGACCUGAGUUCCAAUCUCGGCACCUUCCUACCCCUCCCCCAAGAAAUCCUAGCCUCGGUUCCGGAGAUCCGCGGGAGGCGGGCCACGAUGGGUUCCAGGAACGACGCCAAGGCCAGGGAGCACGAUGGAGCCAGCCCUGGAAAGAUCUUUGUCGGAGGACUUCCCAAGGAUACGAGCAUCGCUACAUUUACGAAGCAUUUUGGGAAGUAUGGAAAAAUUAUAGAUCAUGUGAUAAUGAAAGAUAAAUACACAUCUCAACCAAGGGGUUUUGGUUUCAUCACCUAUGCUGAUCCUUCAGUUGUUGAUAAAGUAAUCGAGGAUACCCACAUAAUCAAUGGAAAACAGGUUGAAAUCAAAAGAACCAUCCCAAAAGGCUCUUUGCAAUCAAAGGAUUUUAAAACAAAAAAGAUAUUUGUUGGUGGGAUUCCAUCAACAGUUACAGAAGAUGAAUUCAAGAAUUUCUUUUCAAAAUAUGGGGAAGUGGUAGAUCAUCAGAUUAUACGCGAUCAUGCGACCAACCGCCCUCGAGGCUUUGGGUUUAUUAUAUUUGAUUCUGAACAAGUUGUAGAUGAUUUGUUAGCAAAUGGAAAUAUGAUUGAACUGGCUGGUUCCCAGGUGGAGAUCAAGAAGGCUGAACCAAAGAAAGCCUCAAACCCACCGCCGCCUGCAUAUGGUGGUGAACCUAGGGCUCGUUCUUUUGGUGAUCGCUUUGGUGAUUUUGGCAACUCUUAUAGCAGUUUUGGUGGCGGAGGAUUUGGUCCAGCUUCCUAUAGGAACCCUGGAGGUUUUGGUGGUAGGUUUGGUGGUUAUGGUGCUGGUGGCGGUGAGUUUGGUGGUGGAUAUGGUGGUUUUGGUGGAGGAUUAGGGGGUUACCGAGGAGAAUCUUCUUUUGGUUACUCUAGUCGCCUUGGAUCAUAUGGAGGGUUUGGUGGGGGAUAUGGUGGAGGCGGCUUAGGUGGCUAUGGGCGUGGUGACGAGGGCUUUGGUGGUUAUGGAGGUUCUAGCUAUGGUGGUGGAUAUGAUUCUGGCUCAGGUACCGGUUAUGGUUCUGGUGGACUGUAUGGUAGUAGGGCAGGCUAUGGUGGUGGUGCUGGUCGAUAUCACCCAUAUGCAAGGUAGAAAAGAGGCCAUUUCUUCCAGUUAAGCUUUGUUGUAGACAUUGUCACUACAGGUUUCACUAGUUCCUGAGAUGCAAAGUUGUGCCAGGUUCAGUAAAUGCUUUCUAGUAGAUGCUAGCUGGGUCUGUCAGAAUGUUGAGCUCAGGCUUGCUAGUUUGCUGAUUAGAGUGCUAUCAGUUAUGUAAUGUUUGGAGACCAGAACUAGAUGUUCUAUGUUGUGUUUUCCGUUUGCUUGGUACUUUAGACUCUGUAGCUUGGUAUGCACUCUGUAGAAUGCUAUAGCAUCUAUUAGGCCUUUAUAAACGCCCUUUGGUUCUUUAGUUUGCAUUGUGGCAGAGCU